UGAUGAUAAAAAUAUGUAUGGUUGCUAGCUUUUCCAAAAUCUCAGUACUGAUAAAAUGGCCAAGAAUGAUACGGUGCGUUUUGGCAUCUUAGGCUGCGCCAACAUAGCUAGAAAAGUAGCAAGAGCCAUUUCUCUUUCUCCCAAUGCCACCGUCUACGCCAUUGCAAGCCGUUCCAUACAGAAGGCGGAGAAAUUUGCCACUGAAAACAGUUUACCGGCGAGUGUGAGGAUCUAUGGUAGCUACGAUGAGGUUGUGGAGGAUUCAGGUGUGGAUGCAGUGUACAUUCCUCUCCCCACCAGUCUGCACGUGCAGUGGGCGGUUACUGCUGCGAGUAAGAAGAAGCACAUUCUGGUUGAGAAACCGGCCGCUCUUGAUGUGGCGGAGCUUGAUCGGAUCUUAGAAGCAUGUGAGUUAAAUGGUGUGCAGUUUAUGGAUGGUUCUAUGUGGUUGCAUCACCCUAGGACUGCUCAUAUGGAACACUUGCUCUCUCUUUCUAAUUCCACUGGUAUUGGACCCGUUCAUUUUAUUCAUAGCACAUCAACAAUGCCAACAACACAAGAGUUCUUGGAGAAUAACAUUAGAGUAAAGCCAGAGUUGGAUGCUCUUGGUGCACUUGGUGACUUAGCAUGGUACUGCAUUGGUGCAUCCUUAUGGGCAAAGGGCUACAAACUGCCAACCACCGUCACUGCGCUUCCCGACGUCACCCGAAAUGCGGCUGGAGUCAUAUUGUCAAUCACAGCUUCUUUGCAAUGGGACCAACCAAAUCAAACAGUUGCAAAUAUUCAUUGCUCAUUUCUUUCUCACACGUCGAUGGAUUUAGCAAUAUGUGGUUCCAAUGGUUCUAUGCAUCUUAGGGACUUCAUAAUUCCAUAUAAUGAGACUAGUGCAAAAUUUGACUUCACAUUUGGUGCAAAAUUUGUUGAUCUUCAUAUUGGAUGGAAUGUGAGACCAGAGGAAGUUCAUGUGGCUAAUAAGCUCCCACAAGAAGCUUUGAUGGUACAAGAGUUUGCUAGGCUUGUUGCAAGUAUUAGAGAUUGUGGGUCUCAUCCUUCUAUCAAAUGGCCUGAAAUUAGUCGAAAAACUCAAGUGGUAGUUGAUGCUGUGAAGAAGUCUUUAGAGCUUGGCUGCAAACCUGUUGCCUUGUAGCUAGGUAGCUGCAAAAUCAUUGCACAAUUUAUAGAUAUGUAUCUAGAUAAAAAUUGAUGAAAUAUACAAAGUGUAUGUUUGGAUUCGUAGUGCAUUUGACAAAAUCAUAACACGGUGACGCUGUGAUUUUGUUGAAACUCCAAGGCGUAAGUUAUGGCAAAACCAAAUGAGUCGCCGCGAUUUUGCCAAAUUUACGGUGAUGAGAGUAUUGGAUGAAAAAUCAGGAUGAGUUAAUGUGAUUCUGUCAAAUUCACGGUCAAUAUAUAUUAUGUGUACAAAACAACAAUAGAUAACUAUUACAAAAUAACUUGCAAACAACAAUUAUCUU